CACGGGGUGGCGGGAAAGACAAACUGAGACGGUCCUUAACCGUCUUCCCGCCGUUGUCCUGGUUCCUGCUGCCGCGGUGGCACCAUGCCUGCCGCCGGCUCCGAGUUAUCGAGCUUGCCGUCGCCGCCCGCAGCGCAGGAGUGGGGCGCUGAGCCGCGGCCCCACGGGGAGCUGCAGUACCUGGGGCAGAUCGAGCACAUCCUCCGUUGCGGGUUCAGGAAGGAUGACCGCACCGGCACCGGCACCCUGUCGGUGUUCGGCAUGCAGGCGCGCUACAGCCUGAGAGAUGAAUUUCCUCUGUUGACAACCAAACGUGUAUUCUGGAAGGGUGUUUUGGAGGAGUUGCUGUGGUUUAUCAAGGGAUCCACAAAUGCUAAAGAACUGUCAUCCAAGGGAGUGAGAAUCUGGGAUGCCAACGGGUCCCGUGACUUCCUGGACAGCCUGGGAUUCUCCAACAGAGAAGAAGGGGAUUUAGGCCCAGUUUAUGGCUUUCAGUGGAGGCAUUUUGGGGCAGAAUACAAAAAUAUGGAUUCAGAUUAUUCAGGUCAAGGAGUAGACCAACUGCAAAAGGUGAUUGACACCAUCAAAACUAACGCUGAUGACAGAAGAAUUAUCCUGUGCGCGUGGAAUCCAAAAGAUCUGCCUCUCAUGGCCCUACCUCCGUGCCAUGCCCUUUGCCAGUUCUACGUGGUGAACGGCGAGCUGUCCUGCCAGCUGUAUCAGAGGUCAGCAGACAUGGGCCUGGGGGUGCCUUUCAACAUCGCCAGCUACUCCCUGCUCACCUACAUGAUCGCGCACAUCACUGGCCUGAAGCCAGGUGACUUUGUACACACUUUGGGAGAUGCACACAUUUACCUGAACCACAUUGAGCCGCUGAAGAUGCAGCUUCAGCGAAAACCAAAGCCUUUUCCAAAGCUCAAAAUCCUUCGCAAAGUUGAGACAAUCGAUGACUUCAAGGCUGAAGACUUCCAGAUUGAAGGGUACAAUCCUCACCCGACUAUUAAAAUGGAAAUGGCCAUUUAGAGUGCUUUUAAAGGAGUUGUUUGAAGGAUACUGUCAGUCCUGAGGGGAUUGGACUGGAUGCUCAGGUAAAAGUUCUUUGCUCUAAAUGAAGAAGGAACUAGGUCAAAACUCUUGGUGACUUAUCAGUUAUUAACUCUUAACGCUAUUGUUACCAUUGGCAAGUAUAACUGUUGGUUCUCUUAGUAAUAAAAGGCCUCAAGUUUUGUUAACACACUGAAAAUGUAUGAAAAUGCUGAGACUAUAAAGUCAGGAGAUUAAGAAUUUAUAUACUCUUAACAAAAACAUGUACACGGUACUUCAAUCCCAUGUUUUUAUGAAGAUAAGUGAAUUUCAAGACGUAUGGAAGCUAUUCCGCAAAUUUGAAUAAGCUGAAUAACAUCAGCCAUAAUGAUAAUGUGUAGCUGAUGUGGUUGUGAACAUUUAAAGUUGUAUUUGUUUUAUAUAUUGCUAUAAUAAAGACGUGUUCAGCAUUCA